AUGCUAGGGGGUCGGGCCCGCUCCAGCGGCGCCCUGGCGGAGGCCGAGCCCCAACACGAACGGCGGCGGGACACCCCGAAGGACAGCUACCACCUGGUGGGGAUCAGCUUCUUCAUCUUGGGCCUGGGCACCCUCCUUCCUUGGAACUUCUUCAUCACCGCCAUCCCGUACUUCCAGGGGCGGCUGGCAGGGGCUAACAGCACAGCCGGGACCCCGGGCACAAACCACACCGGCCCCACGGAUGCCUUCAACUUCAACAACUGGGUGACGCUGCUGUCCCAGCUACCCCUCUUACUCUUCACAUUCCUCAACUCCUUCCUGUACCAGCGCGUCCCGGAGACAGUGCGGAUUCUGGGCAGCCUUCUGAUGGUCCUGCUACUCUUUGCCCUGACGGCGGCGCUGGUCAAGGUGGACAUGAGCCCCGGACCCUUCUUCUCCGUCACCAUGGCUUCCAUCUGGUUCAUCAACUCCUUCGGUGCGGUUCUGCAGGGCAGCCUCUUCGGGCUUGUGGGCACCAUGCCCUCCACCUACAGCACGCUGUUCCUCAGCGGCCAAGGUCUGGCUGGCAUCUUUGCUGCCCUCGCCAUGCUCCUGUCCAUGGCCAGUGGCGUGGAUGCCCAGACCUCCGCCCUGGCGUAUUUCAUCACCCCCUGUGUUGGCAUCCUCCUAUCCAUCCUCUGCUACCUGAGCCUGCCCCACCUGGAGUUUGCCCACUUCUACCUGGCCAAGAAGCCGUUGCAGGCCCAAGCUCACGAGCUGGAGACGAAAGCUGAGCUCCUUCAGGCAGACGAGAAGAUCGGAAUUCCCAACAGCCCCCAGAAGGCAGCCCUGCCGCUGACCCUGGACCCUGAGGGGGAGCCAGAGGAACCCCCAGAGCCUGGCAAGCCUUCUGUCUUCAUGAUCCUCCAAAAGAUCUGGCUGUUGGCGCUGUGCCUUGUGCUGGUCUUCACGGUCACUCUGUCUGUCUUUCCCGCCAUCACCGCCAUGGUGACCAGCUCCACCAGCCCCGGGAAGUGGAGUCAGUUCUUCAACCCUGUCUGUUGCUUCCUGCUCUUCAACAUCAUGGACUGGCUGGGGCGCAGCCUCACCUCCUACUUCCUGUGGCCGCACGAGGAUAGCCGGCUGCUGCCCCUGCUGGUCUGCCUGCGCUGCCUGUUUGUACCCCUCUUCAUGCUCUGCCACGUCCCCGAGAAGUCCCGGCUGCCCACCCUCUUCCCCCAGGACGCCUACUUCAUCACCUUCAUGCUGCUCUUCGCCAUCUCCAACGGCUACCUGGUGUCCCUCACCAUGUGCCUGGCGCCCAGUACCCCAAAGCCUCUAGACCUACCAGAUCUACUGGGGCAGGACAGAGAUACCUAG